UAGUAGCUGGUGGAUUUUGGUCGAAGAAAAAUUUGAACGCAGCAACAUCGAGGAGUUGAGCUCUUGUGUUCCGAGUGGACACACGCAAGGAUUUUCAGUCCGAAUUCAAUUAAUAUUUCCUCAGAAGUGUUUUUUUAACAUUUUGAAUCAGAGAGAAAUUUUAAACUUAGUGAAGAUAGAGCGUAACGAAAAUUCAAACAAUUUCAUCCUAAAUUGAACUGAAAGUGAAAGUGUUACUGUGGCAACAGCAUUCCUGCCGCCUCCCUUGUGAUUUUGGGUGACUUCUAGUGAAGUGCAUGGAGAAAAAGGGAAUUCUGUGAAAGUCGUGUGACGUCGUUUGCUAAGUGAUACUCUUUCCUCCUAAUUUUUUCGACAAACACUCGAUACAUACCCAGCAUAAAAAUGGCUUUGCGAUGCGUAGGACUUUUGCUCCGCAACGAAAUGGGAGGAUUGGCUUCCAUCACAGCCAGCCGAAACAUAAGCACUUCACAGGUACAUCAUAAAGUGCUGGAGAACUCACCGAAUGCAUAUCUGGACAAGAGCAUCCUGAAUCGAUACAAGAAGCUCGAUAUUCCUCACGACAAGAUUCAAGCCACAUAUCUCUGGAUUGAUGGGACUGGCGAAGGAAUUAGGUUAAAGGAUCGAGUGCUAGACUCUGUGCCAAAGAAGCCAUCAGACCUUCCAAAGUGGCAGUACGACGGAAGCUCGACAUAUCAAGCGACUGGCGGUAACUCAGAUACACUUUUGAUUCCUCGCGCAAUUUAUCGGGAUCCCUUCAAGCCCGGCAAGAACGAUGUGAUUGUAAUGUGUGAUACAUAUCAAGCUGAUGGCAAGCCUACACCAACAAACCAUAGGUGUGACAUGCAAGAAGCUGUGGACAAAGUUUUGGAAAGCCACGAACCCUGGUUCGGAAUCGAACAGGAGUACACACUCCUUGAUAUGGAUGGUAGACCUUUGGGCUGGCCGUCGAGCGGUUUCCCAGCACCACAAGGACCUUACUACUGUGGUGUAGGAGCAGACAGGGUUGUUGGACGUGAUUUAGUGGAAGCUCAUGGAAUUGCUUGCCUUUACGCUGGAAUCGACUUUGCUGGAACCAAUGCAGAGGUAAUGCCCGCUCAGUGGGAAUACCAAGUCGGUCCUUCACUCGGCAUGAAAGUUGCGGAUGACCUCUGGGUGUCACGUUACAUCUUGCAUCGUAUCGCUGAAGAUUUCGGUGUGGUAGUUACAUUCGACCCCAAACCUGUGGUAGGUCAGUGGAACGGUGCAGGUGCGCAUACCAACUUCUCCACGAAAGCCAUGCGUGCCGAGAAUGGCAUUGAAGCUAUUAAGGCGGCAAUUGAGAAGCUCUCGAAACAACAAGAGAAACACAUUCGCGCUUAUGACCCGAAGGAAGGUAAGGAUAAUAUUCGUCGACUUGUCGGCAGACUCGAAACAUCCUCUAUCAGUGAAUUCUCAUGGGGUAUUGCUGAUCGUGGUGUAAGUGUGCGUAUUCCACGUGGUGUUGCCGAUGCUAAGAAAGGAUAUUUGGAAGAUCGACGACCUAGCUCCAACUGUGAUCCAUACAGUGUAUGUAAUGCAUUGCUCAGGACUUGCUUGGUAGAGUAAGUGAUUAACUAUUUUUUUUUUUAUGGAAAUAUACAAUUAAGUGUAAGAAAAGUCAAAAUUCACCAAUAUCAGGAUUAAAAAUAUUCAAAAUUCAUAAUACGUAUAGAAGAUAUUUGGGGUCCUUUUUUUUCAAUUUGUUCAGGAUUAAUUUGGUAAAGCUAUAACUUGAUUUUUGUCAUAGAGAUAAGUGCUUAAAAAACUUGAUUCCGACUGUUAUAUUACAUAUUUGGGAAUGAUAUUAGCAAGGGUUUUUGUAAAUGCUGGGUCUGAAAACGGGACACCAAUAGGCGUCGUAGUACGAGAAAAACUAUGAUAGCAUUAAAUACGCAUUCUUUCACUCUAAAUCCUACUUUCCACAAAUAAUUAUCAAGAUGACGUAGGGUAGGAUGAAAUACGGAAUUUUUGUACCUAAAUCCUGCUUUCCGCAGCAAUUAUUGUAGAAGUUCUGGUUUCUCUGUUUUCUAAAUACCAUCCACUCUGGUCAACCCACACAUAUGAAGCACCAUGUAAACAAACCAGAGACACCAAUCGCAAAGUCAUGCAAAUCUACGUUUCUCAACAUCGGACUUUGACCGAGUUUUGCUUCUCUUUCCGCUGAGGUAUUCCUCUGGUGAGUCAUUCAAGUUAGAUUAGUCAACUGAUCUACUGUCUGCCGUGGAAGACACUGUUUUCAUUAUACUCUAGACUUUUUGUCAGUUUUGUUGUUAGCUUUGAAGCUAAUCGUCAAGGUUGCACUCAAUCAAUAUUGUUAGUUCUCUGGGAAGUUGAUUGCUCAAUAACGUAUGCAGCUCUCUUUCGGUAGUAUUUUCGGUAAGGUAUCUACACCGAAGUUCAGAGAAAGCAACGGCGCUUGUACUGAGAUUUGUAAUGGGGGAUCCAUGGCAUGUUCUUUUGUUGGAAGAAACCAACCAGGAAGUCAGAUUAGGAAAGUCAUCAGGUUUAUUAUUGGCGAAGUCAAUACACCAAAGGAUUCUCCGACACGGUUUGAGCGAACUUAUCAUGGAAAAUCUCGUUAUACAUAAACUUUGGCUGGAAAUAAGAUCUCAAAAAAAUGAGACCCUAAAAUUCACAUUGGUUGGGGACGGAUAAUUUGGCAGCCCUUUCAUCCGAACUCUAUCCAUCAACAUAACUGAAGUGAAUUCGUCCCACGCUUGCUCGGCUCUUACAGUUGAGACUAAAUUCAGGGUGGCUAAUUUUGAAAAUACUUUCUUAGAAAACAAGAGCUCCCUGAAAUUCUGUGAUUUAAAGUUUGGCUAAAAGACAAAUAUAAAUAUUUAUAAAAAUAAUAUUUAGUAAAAUCUAAGGUCGUACUUCAUCCUAUCAAUAGUAGAUGUGUGGCUAUUUUGACAACAAAACAGAGCAACUAUCCCCGAGCAUGAAUUAUCAUCCCCAGCAUUUAUAAAAAGCUUUGGAAUGCCUAUAAUAUUUGUAAAGCUAAUUUUCAAGCAUAUGUACAGAAAGUAGGUUUUUUUCUUCUAUUUUUACUAAAGAUAAGGAAUAAUGUGUGAAUAAAUGCGAGUAUAUAUGUAAAUCGUUCUAAAUUCGAAAACUUUGCAUGUAAUUCUCCCAAGCACGUAGCAUUCGUCUGGGUUGUGUUUACACAUAUACAAGUACCCAGUAAAUUUUACUUUCUCAUCUUUUCGAAAAGAGCGUUUUUUUAUUCAAAAACAGAGACUACGUAAUUGUAUCUGUGUGCAUGGAGUGUAAAACAGAUAUACACGAUCAUAUGGAAAAUUUUUGUUUGGCACACAUUGCGUCCAGCAGAAUCAAUCAUCUGAAGACAGAGUGGUUUUGAUGACCUCAAUUCUUCUACUCGAAAACUGGUGCCUUAUCAAAUGGGAUCGUUUAGAUACUUUUUUUAAUUUGAAGCUCUUUACUGUUCAUAUAAUUCCGGAAAGAACCCAAAACUUUAACCAGAGAUCGCUGGUCGUGAUCGUGAAUGGUAAUAGUGAACUUUGGACCUAUUGAAAUCUGGGAAUAAACAUGUGUUCAUCCGAAAAAGACCUCAACAAAGGAUGGCUGUGAAUACGAACAUUAUUAUAAAUUCGAAUCAUGUUUGCCAAUUGAGGCGUUGAAUCAUUUUCAAAAUAAGUCCCGGAGAUCUGAGGGAAACGUACCAGCAAAAAGAUCGACUAUAAAAAGGUCAGGCACAGGUAGAUCGAUGGUUUUUGGUUGCCUCAUAUUUAAAAAAAAAACCUUUAUCUUAUUUAGUCUGUGGCAUUGCAAUUAUCCACGCAAAGCUGUAAUGGUUUUCAGAAUUAUUUACUGCUCUUUAUCUUUCAAUACUGACGCAUUUAUUUGCGACUAAACUUGUUUAUAUCUUUAAAGUGUCUACAAACUUGUUUUGUCGCUUGCUGGCAUUGAUAGCUUUGUAAUUUGGACAGUAUUUGGGUCAUUAACACUCAAUGCUACCUAGUAAUUUGGAGGCCUCAAUAUUCCGUUUGCAGCAACACAUUAGAGGGUUGUUUGCAAGUUUUAGAGGGGGUCAUAUCAGGUUCUACUAGAGGAAUAUGAAGUACAUAAAACGAUAAUAAUUGGGGCACUUGCCAGGUAACUAAAAACUAUGCCCACCAAGGCUACGUUAUUGUUCUUCGUUAUUUAUUUCUUGAUUAAUUAGCUGAGCAUUUUGAGAGUUAUGUAAAAAAGACAUGACGAAUGAUACGCUUUCACUGCCCACAACAUGAUUCCAACCUCCUCAAGUGUAUUAAUCACAGCUCCAUCGCCGAACAGAAUUUUCUGCUCAUACAUCUUUCUUAACUGAUCCAAUUUUAACUAAGAUGAAAAAAUUUAAAUGGUUCACACAGGAAAGUGUAAUGUCCAUGAAUUUAUUUUUACUCUGAUUUAGUUUAGCCACGCCGCGUGGAAAGCUUCCUCCCCAACAAGCUCCAAGUUCUAUUUUCGACUUUUAUCAUUUCAAGAAAAGUGGAUACAUGCUUGUCCCCUCGCAGAAUUUUUUAUAUGUUGCAAUGUCAUUGUCUUCUGACCUAAUUUUAAACCAUCCACAACAAGUUUCACCUUCGAGAGGGUUUUCUUUCGUAGACAGAAAUACAGCUUAUGUCUUUCCUAUUCUGAGAAUCACAAGUGAAUGCACCACUCGUUUCUGGGUUGUUCGUCAAAACAUGAACAGGUAAAACAGAUGGAAGUUAUGAAUUUAUUUUUAUUAACAAUUGAAUGUGAGAAUUUAAACUGCAUCUCAUACUAAAUGGUUUUUGAAUUAACAAAAAGAAAUAAAACCAGAAUUAGGUGUUUCGGCAGCCCUACACCAUUCCAUGUCUCUGAUAAGUGAAAACUGUUUAAUUAAAAAUUGUCACUUUUUCUUAUUCACUCCAAUACAACCAAAAUUAUUAAUUGCUCUACCCAAAAUUUAAAAGAUAAAUAUUUUGGCCUCUAUAGUAUCUGUUCUUUCGAAAAGUGCUUGAUAAUUUCGAGAUUUACAUGCAAAUUAUAUGAACACUACGAACAAAUUACAAGAAUAUUUAAUGUUAAAUCUGAAACAAACUACAUAUAUAUGUAUACUUGAAAAAAAUGCCAAGAAAAUAUAUUUUAAAUCUACAAAUUUACAAUGUUGUAUAAAUGGAACUAGAUGUAAUUUAUACGAUAAUUUUAUUUUCAUCACCUUUUCAUUUACACAAAGGUGAAAAAUGCUAACAAAAAUUUUACUUGAAGCACUAUAAGAAAAUAUUUACAUAAAUAUGUUUGCAUGAACAAACUGUUAAUUUUUUAGUUGAAACCAGAGUUCAGGAUUCUAACUCCAAAAAAGUCAAUAAGGUCCUGCUAAUUUAAAAGAACAAUGAACAGCACAAAUUUAGAAUCAAAUAGAAUGUCAAUCAGGAAUAUUUAUACCUAAACUAUAUACACAACACAGCAAUAUGAUCAUAUUUUGUUACAAACUUUAUUGAAAUGUUAUUCACCUACUGCAAGUUUCUAGAGAUAUUGAUUAUUUUAAUUACUGAUGAGAUAACUAUCAACAUCAAAUGAGAUAAAAAUGCAUUUACUUUUGUAAAGAAAUGUGGAAAAAAGAUAGAGGGAAGAGUUUUGACUAUGCUGAAUGCAUAUAGUUAACGAUUUUUUAUUUGUUUAUUUUAAUUUUUUUCGUUUAUAUUUACGACAGUAUUUAUAAGGAACAUUAAAAUUGUAAAAAAAAAAAUCUAUUCACAUAAUAAGAAAGAAAUGUACCGAAAAUGUUAUUUUUAGAAUUGUAUAAAUUUUAAGGAUAUCCUAGAAUUAUUUUUAUUUUCGUUGAAUUUAUUCAAAAAGGAAAGAAAGAUAUAAUAAUAUAAAAAAGGAAUGAAAAGCCAUAAAUAUAAUGUUACAAUCUAA